AUGGAGUCAGAGUCAUCCCGUAUAUUCGUCCGGGGGCUGCCCCCAACCAUGAGCGAGGCCGACUUCAAGAAGCACUUUGGCAAAUAUGAAGUCACCGACGCCAGACUCUUUCCUCAGCGCCGAAUUGGUUAUGUCGGAUACAAGUCGCCUGAAGAUGCUCAAAAGGCUGUCAAGUACUUCAACCGUACUUUCAUUCGCAUGUCCAAGAUCGGCGUUGAGCUGGCCAGACCCGUACGUUGUCCAAUUUCCUCCUCUCUCGAGACUUGUACUGACCAUCCCACCAGNAUCGGUGAGGCUCCAACAAGGAGGCAAGGUCAAUCGUCGCAACAUUCCCUGGCAAUGGCCAAGUUGCCUGCACACAAUGCAAAUGCCGAGCCCAUAGUAGCAAACCUCAAGCGUAAACGCGCCACUCCCGAGCCCGAGACAAAAGAGAAGGAUCCCAAGCUGAGCGAGUUCUUGAACGCCAUGCAGGCUCCUUCCAAGCUUCGUGGCACUCGAGGUGAGGAGGUCAACAUCGCUGCCCAAGAGCUAGACACCAAGGUCGUUGUGCCUGAGGCCGACAGUGACUCCGAGUAUGAGAAUGUGCCCAAGAAGCAGAAGAGCGCAGCACCCGCUGUGAAACCUCCUCCAUUACCUCCCACCACAGAUGCCAUGGAGAUCGAACAACCUGUUCCGACCCAGUCGGAGCAGGUGGACGAGAGCGCCGAGCCGGCUACAGAACAAGAUACAGUAAUGAAUGACGACGACUGGAUGCGCUCACGGACAAGCAGACUACUCGGUCUGGCAGAUGACGACGAAGAGGAGGAAGCCGCUACUACGACACGACCUUCGCAUACUGUCGCCGCAUCGCCGACUCCCGAACCUGUUCCUCAACCAGAACCUGCAGCGAAUGAUGAAGAAUUUGAAGGCUUCGAAGACGAGCCAGCACCACCAGCUGAUGAAGUCGAAGAGAAGGUUAGAGCAAGCCAACGCCUAUACCUACGAAAUCUCUCCUACGCUACCCAAGAAGAUGACUUACGAAGCGCUUUCACCGACUUUGGAAAUCUUGAAGAGAUGCUGAGAACUCAGGAAGANGUUCAUGUUCCGAUAGAUCCCAAGACUGGCUCUACCAAGGGCUUCGCCUAUCUUCAUUUCUCCAAUGCCGACAGUGCUUUGAAAGCAUUGCGUGAUAUGGAUGGCAAGGUCUUCCAGGGUCGCCUGCUACAUAUCCUUCCUGCUGCUGCAAAGCGGGAGGACAAGCUCGAUGACUUUGCUCUGUCGAAGCUUCCUCUCNNAAAAAAGCAACAGGCCAUUAAGCGCAAGCGUGAAGCUGCGUCCGCUACUUUCAACUGGAACUCUCUUUACAUGAACGCUGAUGCUGUCAUGUCUUCAGUCGCUGAUCGUCUUGGUGUCUCAAAGUCUGAACUGCUGGAUCCUACUUCAUCUGAUGCGGCUGUCAAGCAGGCACAUGCCGAAACACAUGUCAUUCAGGAAACUAAGUCAUACUUCAAGCAGAACGGUGUCGAUAUGGAUGCGUUCAAGAGGCGGGAGCGUGGCGAUACAGCCAUCCUGGUGAAAAACUUCCCCUACGAGACCAAGGCUAGUGAGCUGAAGGAGUUGUUCGAGCAACAUGGCAAAAUCAAGAGAUUCUUGAUGCCUCCAUCAGGCACCAUUGCCAUCGUCGAGUUCCAACAUCCCCCUGAGGCUCGUGCUGCUUUUGCUUCAUUGGCGUAUCGCAAAAUUCACACAUCAGUUCUCUUCCUUGAGAAGGCACCCAAAGAUCUGUUCCAGGCAACAGCACCGCUUACCGACAGUACCGACAGAGAGACAACACAAGCUGGUCUCGAUGCCAAGGCUUCCGCUAGCGAAUUGCUGCAGGAGACUGGUAUUGAGGUCACUGCUGGUACUACCAGUACUCUCUUCGUGAGAAACCUCAACUUCUCCACUACAACAGAUCGUUUGACCGACGUCUUCCGUCCGCUGUCUGGUUUCCUGACCGCAAGGGUCAAGACCAAGACAGAUCCCAAGAAGCCUGGUCAGGUUCUCAGUAUGGGUUUCGGUUUCUUGGAGUUCGCCAGCAAGCAACAGGCUGCAGCUGCCAUCACAGCAAUGGAUGGCUACAGUCUCGAUGGUCACAAGCUGCAGCUUCGUGCGUCGCACAAGGCUACUGAUGCUGCCGAAGAGCGUCGCAAAGAAGACAAGGCUAAGAAGCUCGCCGCCCGGGGAACCAAGAUCAUCAUCAAGAACUUGCCAUUCGAAGCGACCAAGAAGGACGUGCGCGCUCUCUUUGCUGCGUAUGGACAACUCCGCUCGGUCCGCGUUCCGAAGAAAUUCGAUAAAGGAGCUCGCGGUUUUGCUUUUGCCGACUUCACCACACCAAAGGAAGCAGAGAAUGCGAUGGAUGCUCUACGUGACACUCACUUGCUUGGUCGUAGACUUGUUCUCGACUUUGCUGCCGAAGACGCUGAAGACGCUGAGGCUGAAAUCGAAGCCAUGGCAAAGAAGGCAGGCUCUCAGCUCAACAAAGUCGCUCUACAAAAGCUCACCAGCGGCGGUCGCAAAAAGUUCCGUGUGGGCGACGAUCAAGAUGGUUUGGACGAGGCGUGA